GGCCGGAGGACGGCAAGGGAGACCCCGCCCCAGCCUUCCUCAGACCAUCAGCUGUCACCUCCUCUGCCCUGAAGCCCUCCUUGCCCUCACCCCACCCCGCUGCCCGGGACCAAGGCCCGGCUCCUGGCUCAUCCCACCUGCCAUCUGCCUCCCUGGCUAGACCGGUCCUGGCUUCCUGAAUAGGACUCUGCAUACAGCAGUUGCCCAAUAAGUGUUUGGGGAAUGAAUGAGGCAAGGAAAACAUCUGGCUGAUAGAAGGUGGGCAUUCAGACUGAGGGUCCCUGCUGUCCUCUGCCCUCAGAUUGGGCCAGUGGUCCACCCUCUCUUGGCCACGUUUGCUCUUCUGCUUCCGAUUUGGAGAGGAUGGUCUGCUGUGUGACCCACUCACCCUCUCUGGUCCCCUUGCUGCUGUAUGGAAUCACACAGACCUCGGACCUAGAGGCUGGCAGGUCCCCCCUCAGCUCUGGUGCCGCUGCUAAAGCCUGAAGGGGGCGUGAGGUCAGAGGAUUUGUUGGGGGGUGUCCACACUGCGUCUUGGGGUCUGCUGAGGAAGUGGGCCACCCCCAGGGCAGGGCUUCCUCCAGACAAGGACAGUGACCAGAGUGACCACACGGUGGCACGGUGUCUGGGUACAGCUUGGUUGCUGAGGCUGGGAGGAGGGAGGGCUGCAGUCUGCAGAGUGGGCAGUGGCCGAGCUCUGGUCCCUUGGUUAUCUGAGAUCUACCAGGAAGCCAUACAGCCGUGGCCUAAACGAGGGAGGUCACUGUCCUGGGUCCUCACCACCUGUGCCUCAGCCAGUCUACAGUGGGGCUCCACCACCACCCUGGACCCAGGCUCCUUCUCUUAUGUUUCUCUGCCUCUUUAGCCCCUAAUUUCCAUAUUGUGGCCCAUGAUGGCUGCCUAGGUCCUGCCAUCAUGGCUGUCUUCCAGAAGGGGGUGGGGGCCCUGGGGAGAAGGGAAAGAGGAGGGUCUGUCCUAAUCUUCUGAGGUUAGAACCUGGAAGUCACACACAUCGUUUAUGCUCCCAUCCUGUUUCGCACCAGUGUCCAGUGGUCACCCUGAACUGCCAGGGAGGCUGGGAAAUGCAUCAUUUGUAGUCUCUGAAGGGCCAAGUCGGGAGUGGAGAGCGCAGCUGACCCUGGUCCCUGCCACUGGUGUCUCCGGGCUGGACCCAGCUGCCCCUCCGCAGAGGCUCAGGGCCUGUCUGGAGCGCGACGGAGUCCAGGAAUCCAGGAGCUCGGCUGCUGCGUCCCCGUCCCCGUCCCCGUCCCCGUUUAGAGACCGGUCCCCGGGGGGUGGGGGGGGAGCCAUCUCCCAAGGUCACGCGCUGGUGGGUGGCGCCCCCACCUCUCACGCUCAGCUGCCCAGAGCCCGUGGCUCCUGCCUGCAGCCGACCGCGAUGACCCAGCGGCCACGGCGUCAUGCCAGGCCCGGUGCCCGUCCCGUUAGCUCUGUGUCACACGGAACCGCCACCCGGCACAGCAGCAGCAGCACAGCAUCAGGGCUGCUCACGGGAGACGCUGCCAGCUGCCCAGGCGAGGGCGGCCAGCAGGGGACAGAGCAGCGCUGCUCCCUCCGCUGCCAGGAGGUGGAGGACUGGACCCCAGGUCUGCCCGGGCCACCCUCCUCCCUGCCUCACCUGGGGUCCUCCCUGGCCCUCAGUCUCCUCUACUGAGAACGGGGAUCUUCAAAGCCGUCCCGGGAGGGUCACCCAGAAAGUCCCACUCUGCCCCUCCCCGCCCCGCCGCCCCGGCCUGGGCGCCACCGGGGCCGCGGGUGCCAGGCUUCUGUUUAGUUUAAUAAUCUCCCGAAAGUUUAACUGUGGUUUCAUCCACCCGUGA